CACGAUAUCUAUCUAACAGAACACAACCAGUCAAACAUUCAUUUCUUCUCUCCUUCCUUUAUACUCCAAACACAACGCGGAUUCUUUGGUCUUCUUCUUCCGGCCGCUCUCUUUCUCUCUCUAAAACUUUCCACGAAAUCAUCAAUAACAUAUACAUAAAACCAACAAUACCGGUGCUCUUCCUUGAUUCAAGCUUAUUUUCUUGAUUUUUCUAUGGCGAUUUCAAAGAGUGGUAAUAACAAGAAGCAGCAGCAGCAGCAGCAUCACUGUUACAUCUCCGUACCUUCUGAGAUCAUAAGCUCUCUCUCAUCUACUUCUCUUCAAUCUCUGGUUGUUUCACCCAAAAAGGCAAGUGCUGCUUGGAAGAUUGGUACUUUUUCGAGAUCGAAGAUUCUUAAGAACCCGAGGAUCUGGUUUUUGUUGCUUUCUAUAUGUGGGUUCUUUUUUAUGUUGAAAAUGUAUAAUUUUGACCCUUUUGCACCAUACCCAUGUGGGAAUAGCGAAAAUAAUGACGAUUCGAGCAUAAUCUCAAGCGGGGUUCUGAGUGCUCCGGUCAUACUUGAAGAAAAAUAUGAGGAAAAUAGUGAUUUCUGGGAACAGCCAGAUGGGCUUGGGUACAGGCCUUGUUUAGAUUUUAGUGAAGAGUAUAAGAAAUCAAGCGUUGAGAUUUUGAAAGACAGAACAAAGUAUUUGGUGGUGGUGGUUUCUGGUGGUAUGAAUCAACAAAGGAAUCAGAUUGUUGAUGCUGUUGUGAUUGCUAGGAUCCUUGGUGCCACUCUUGUCGUUCCAAUCUUACAAGUCAAUGUUAUUUGGGGAGAUGAAAGUGAAUUCUCUGAUAUAUUUGAUGUUGAGCACUUCAAGAGAAGUCUAGCAGAUGAUGUUAGAAUCAUUUCGUCUUUGCCAUCAAACCAUCUGAUGUCAAGACCGGUGGAGGAAAAACACACUCCGCUUCACGUUUCCCCUCAAUGGAUUCGCUCUCGUUACCACAGAAGGAUGAGAAGAGAAGGUGUUCUACUCUUACGGGGUCUAGAUUCAAGACUCUCCAAGGAUCUUCCUUCCGAUCUCCAAAAGCUUCGAUGCAAGGUUGCAUUUCACGCAUUGAGGUUUGCCCCACCAAUCUUUGAACUAGGAAAAAAGAUUACAGAGAGGAUGAGAAGCAAAGGGCCUUAUCUUGCUCUUCACCUUAGAAUGGAGAAGGAUGUUUGGGUGAGAACCGGAUGUCUUCCAGGGUUGAGUUCAAAGUAUGAUGAAAUAAUCUACAACGAGAGAAAGCUUCGCCCCGAACUCCUAACUUCAAGAUCCAACAUGACUUAUCAUGACCGAAAGCUAGCCGGUCUAUGUCCUUUAAACGCUGUUGAGGUCACACGGCUCUUGAAAGCUCUACGAGCUCCAAAGAACGCAAGGAUCUUUUGGGCAGGAGGAGAUCCAUUAGGAGGGAAAGAAGCAUUGCUUCCAUUAACAAAGGAAUACCCUCAUUUUUACAACAAGCAAGACCUUGCUUUACCAGGGGAAUUAGAACCCUUUGCUGGAAAAGCUUCAAUUAUGGCUGCCCUUGACUACAUUGUUUCUGAAAACAGUGAUGUGUUCAUGCCUUCUCAUGGUGGAAACAUGGGGCAUGCCAUCCAAGGACACAGAGCAUACGCAGGGCAUAAAAAGACCAUUACCCCCAACAAAAGACAGAUGUUAUCAUAUUUCUUGAACCCUUUGCUUCCUCAAAACAAGUUUAAUCAGAUUAUCUUUGAUUUGCACCGUGAUUCCAUGGGGCAGCCUGCUAUUAGAACCAGCAAGGCCGGACGUGAUGUCACAAAGUAUCCGAUACCAGAAUGCAUGCGUAAUUGAUUUUUCGAUCACUGGUAUAUUCGUCUUUUUGGUUCUUCGAUCACAAGCUUCUUAUUCAUCGCUUCAUUAUUUUUUACUACAAGGGGGAAUCAUAGAUCACUAAAAUGUACAUAAAUACAUCACAUUAUACGACACCAAAUCUUUAUUCAAUUCAUUUAUUCUUUCGGACU